UUGGCAUUGUUUGCUGCAAAUCCAGAUUCAACUGCUCGCUAUUUUCUGAUGACCGGCUUUUUGCAAACGAUCUUACUGAAUUCUCUAUUGAGAACAUCGCGUAACUAUGUAAGCCCGAUGCCUCCUCUUUUGUCUACGAGUUCAUUUCGAAGGAAACGCGUGGGAUAG